AAAACGGUACGAAGGCACCGACCCCAGUUGGUGGACAAUAUGACUGAGUAUAAAUACUGCUACGACUUAGUUCUGCACUACGUUCUACAUUAUUUGAACAAAGACUUAAAAGAAAAAAAGUGAGAAUGCGAUUUACACGAUGAUCUGUGGUCCUCUAAUUUUGACUUUAGAGUUUACUUUUUAUUACUUAUUUCGGUUUAUUGAAUUUGGUCGUGGUAAAAGUAUUCCGCUUACGCCCGAUAAUUCAAAUUCGGAACUCUCCAAGGAACUAACUAACACAGGUCGUGUAAUCGUGGAAAAAUCAAUCAAAAAGCUACAGCGAGGAGAGUCCUAUGACUUUUGUCAAUCGUUUGACGACAAAAAGUUUGUUAUCGAUAAGAAUGGCAGGAUAUGCGAGCGCAAGAAGAAAGGUCGUCUGUACAGUCUAGGAGGCAACGAUCCACCAAGAAAGUGUCCACGGGGUCGAUUGGAUCGAUUGAAAACUGUAGGGACUUUCGAUAUCACGAACGAGAUCUCGCGACUCAGUCAAAAAACAAUGACUCUAAACGAACGUAUCAUCGGUAAUCAACUAUUUGCCCAGACCGUUGACGAAGUUGCUACCACUGCCAUCGGUAGUGCAGCGGAUAGCAUCGGUGCCGGGCUGGUCCCUUUUGUAGCGGCUGCUGCCUUUGGACCGGUAACCAGUACUGGCAUCGGUACGCUCGAAAAACAUCAGUUCGGCAGUGUCAGACCAAACAAUGGCCCUAUGCUGUUCAAACAAAACACUGAAGUCAUGCAUCUUUCGCCUCAUCAUCAUCUACCAUCCCAUCAUCCGCUGGUGUUGCAACAACAACAUCAGCUAAAAGCAGCCAAAAGCAGAAGCCUAAGUACGGGUUCCUACAUUACUAAAGAAUCGAGUGUUCAUUCUAGCGUAGAGAAGAUUAUCAAAUCCAAUAGCAAUUCAGACCUGAACGACAAAGCGCAAAAGACGAUCGAUACAAUUCCGAAGAACCGAUCAUUAGAAGAUAGUAGAACAAAUAAGCUCAAUCAGUCUCAUUCACCGAUGCAGCUCCGAAAACCGAUACUGCGCAAGUCGAAAAAGAUUAUACGUACAGAUUCGGAAUUUUUGAAAGGGAACAUCUACGAAAAAGAAUCUAGCCUAUCGAGUUCUCAGUAUACCCCAACGCACGAAAAACGGCGUGAUUUUGCCGGAAACCAUAGUAGUAACCCUUCUUCGGAAACGCAUAAGUCGACCGACGAAAGUUCGAAAAACAUUUCAACGGACGAAAUUGAUACAGUAUUUUCGGAUACAAUGGAAUUGGAACAGAUGGAGGUAGAUUAUAAGAUUCAUUUGAAAAAUAACCUUCAAAGAGAGUACAAAAGUGAUAGCGAUACGUUAGACGAAAUUGGCAAAAGACAGCCUGAUUACAGUACAUGGAAAAAUCAAAGUUAUGAGAAUACGUUCGAUAUCCGAGAAGAGAAAGAGCAAGAAGCGGAAGAGAGUGGGGGUUCUUAUAAAAAUGGUCAAGAGGCGACGACGAAAGACGAAGUGCAGUUGAAAAGCAUGGAGAGAAUAGACUUGCAGAAAGCACUCGGCACUGAACCACAAACUCGAAAAACUGUUGAUCGACCAACCGAACUUGAGCUUGCGACAUCCUCGGAUGGCGACAAGCAGUCCUCGGUGGAUAGUUCCUUUGGCCAUAUCUUCGAAAAGAACCUAGGUCGCUUUAAAAAAAUGAAUAAACUACUCAAAUGCAAAAGAUUCAGCACUUCCGCCUUGUAUGACAAAAAGAAUAAGUUAAACUUUAAGGAAACAAGUUUUUUUAACGACAAGUCUUCUCCAGCGAAAACUAGCACAGAAACCGCGCGUUCUCCAGCGAAGUCCUGUCUCUCACAAUCCAAGGCGUCCAUCAGUUCAUCCAAAUCAUCACUGUUCGGCACGAAAAAAUCAAAUGUAUUCAAUCUGAAAGGAAAGAAAUUUCUUUUUUCAAACUCCAACAGCACCGCAAGUGACGGAACCUCGAGGACAUCUCCUAACAAAUCUAAAUCGAGCAAUGAAAUUAGCUACUGCCGAACAAAGUCGGUGAAAAGUUCAAAAAAGUCUGUGAAAAACAAUAGUACGGCUUGUCUGAACCUAGAAACAACAAGUACAUCACCACUCGCCGAAGCCUUCUACAAUCCGACGGGGAGUGUACGAUUAAGCGCCAUGGAAUUGUACGAGAAGUUCUGUUCCCGCGAUUUCAGUGGUCUGUACAAACAUGAAAAUAUCCACAGUGACUACGAUGAUGAGCAGCACAGGUUAGAUCCGGAACACUACGAUCCGAAUCGAAAUUUGGGAGCGAUUCGGAAAUACAAACGAAAGAAUUUUAAACUGCUACGUCAGAAAAGUGAACCGAAGUUUUCCUUUCGGACCGACACGCUUUAUGAAAAUGAGGACAGCUAUGAUGAUGCAUCCUAUCCUGAUGGACAAACAAAAGAUGAGUACGAGGGUGAAGAUUAUGCUCAAUUUUUGUAUGACGAGCAAUACUAUGAGGAGGAUAUUGAGCAUUUGAGUAUAGAAAACAUCUACUAUAGAGGCAAUUUAAUUCGAGAAGAUGGCACGAUUGUGGAAGCCUAUCAAUAUCGGGACGAAUUUGAUGAAGAAGAAUGUGAGGAAGAAGAAGAAGAGGAAGAAGAAGAUUUGGAUGAACCGGAUGAUGAGUACGAUGAUGAAGAUGAAUAUGAAGAACAGGUAGGUAGACAUGGCGCUGAAUCGGAAGAUGGUAGUCUGGAACCACCUCUAAUUGACAUGGCCAGUGCAUUGGAUUCGGAUUGUGAUGAAAUUUAUUUGAUGCCGCAAAAUGAAUCGAAGAAACUGAUUAUACACGACUUUCUCUUUCAUCAUAGCAAUAACGAAUUCGAUAAUGUUGGCGAUGAGCACGAGCCUACGGGAGCAGAAAUGAGAACGCUCGAAUGUUUUGACGAACAGGAAACAUUAACCAUUUAUAAAAUCUGUUCCAAGGAAAGCAUCCCAGACUCCAAAAGUGACCUAGACAAUAUUCAAUUAAGUUCUGCAAUCGAUCCAUACUUUGUCAAAUCGGACUGUUCAACUGCCCUCGAACGAUCUAUUUCACCGGAACUCUUGAGUGAUUCCAGCGGAACACUGAACAAAUCCACAUUAACAGACUAUGCAUUUGAUACCGUUAAAAACGUGAACUUAGAUAGUUGUAGCACAUCUAGACUGAGCUUAUCAUUAAAAAGCGAAAUCUUUGAAGAAACAUUAGCAAACGCCAGAAACAAUGAAUCCUGCGAAAUAAAACAAAUCAAAAACUGGAACAUUGAAGAUUUUACGUUGACCCCAGAUGGAUCAUUGUCCGAUGAGACGAUAGAUGAACUAAUAAAAUCUCAUCUGACAGAGGAAGCGGAGACAAAUGCUGACAUAGAAAAUAACACAGAAUUAGUGACAGCACCUGAUGAAACAGCCAUUCCUUCUACUAGCGAAUAUACUAUCAUCGAUUUAGACGAAGAGCCAUACCUGCUUGACUCCAAAAUUUCCGACUUUACCAACGAGAUAACAAAGGAAUUCGAUCUAUUGUUUUCUCGAGCAGAAACAGAAUCACAUAAUGCCAGUUACUCUGGCAGCCCGGCGAAAAAAACAAUUGCAACUGAUGUAAACAACACUAAAGAAAGUCUCGAUCUACUAGAUUUGCGACCAGCGGUAAUCGAACUUCCCACUCGCCAUUCAAUGCAAAAACUUGAACCUAUUAAUCUAGACACUGAUGAGAUUAGAAUUACAAGACAUGCCGUGGACCAACCUAAAACAGAACACGAUAGUGCCAAAGCAGUAGCUAUAAAUAACAGGUGUAAGGUAGAUAAACAAAAGGCUUCGGAUUACGAUCGUAAAGCUAGCUCUACGACGACGGUAGCAGCUACGGGUGAUGAUCGUUUACGGAAAGCCCGUAGUCAAUCCUUGGGUAACCUUAAGAACAAAACCAAAUGUUUUCCAUUAUAGAAAAUAAGAAAUGCUGUAAUUAGUUGACUAGCGGUAUAGCGUCUGUGGUCAGUUUUUGUACAUUUUUUACUCUAGCUCACCAAAAUUUUGUUCGACGUUAGCGGUAGUGAAUGCUGUUAGGCGAUAAAAACUAAAGACGUUAUUAUGAUAAGCGAAAAUUUGCAGGUGGAAUAUAACAAUUCGUAAGAUCCUGGAAACCUUUUAUAUGUUACUAUUUUUAUAGUAAUAAUUAUAAGCAGCAGCAUCUCUCAUUUGCGAAAACAAUGCGUAGAAUGUAACUAGGCUUUCGUUAUAUCAUCGCCAUCUCAAACCAAAGAAAAUGUAAAUUGAGCCAACAAAGAUGAAAUGUUCUAAACUCAAAUAGCUAACCCUAAGCGCGAAGAAUGUGUAGAACACUUCUUUCCGAAAUCCUAAUAUUUAACAUAUACCACACGUCAUAAUAAAACCACAGCGAUCCGGACAUACAUUUAGUCGUACAUACUCCAAAUUAUUGGAGGAAAAUGAUACAUUUAUAUACAUAUUCCAUUUGUUGGUUACUAAUUGCUAUAUAUUUUUUGAAGAAGGAGUUUGUUAAGGGCACACAACCGAUAUGAAAGAAAAAUUCGUAUUGCCAGUCAAAAUAUAAUUGGGUUACCGGUUACUUUUCACGAUCAAAAUGAACUAUAAAUUUGUAAAACUUAAAUAUGGGUAGUAGAAGCAAAUUGAAAACAAAAGUGUGAUACAGAGAGAAAUCAAGGUUAAUUGUUGUAGUAAAAAUGGUCUUCAAAAGACGUUAGUUAAUAAUUUGUUGGAUGUAAUAUUUAUACAAAAAUAACGUUAUAAACCCAACUCGGUGUUGUUUGCUCAAAUCAAAUUUUAACGAUAGAAUUAUGCUGAAUUACAUAGCAUAAAGACACGUGGAAAAGAAAGUUAACUUUUUAACAUCUGUAAGAGAAUCCCAUAUUUUUAUAAACGAAAUUCGCUUUUAAAUACUUCUACGAAAUGUUACUUUCUCGGCGAAGCUUGUAGUUUUCUGAAGUAUUGAACAAUAUUUUAUACAAUAUACAUUUUUAAAUAAUUGUAAUAGUCUACUUCGCAAUGGCCUUAAAUUUUAAAGGAUCUCUGGACUAUAUCUAACGUUUGUCGAAUAACUUUAUUUAUCAUAUCUAAAGAAACUAAUUGAUACUUCUUAAGAAAUCGACCAAAUCUUGUUUAGUAGUUGAUAGAUACGAUUGCAAUUAAAGUACAUUUUAAAGCAUUUUGAGCGAGCAGCAAUAUAGUCAUCAGUGGAAACAACAACCAACGUUUAAUGACAUCUUUGUUGUUCCAGCUUUCAUUUUGUUCAUAAAUCAGUAGCACGAUUGAAUCUAAAGAUUUCUCGGACUCUCCUUCCGAUCCAAUGAGCAAAUAACGCCGAGUUUUUGAUCCACCAUUAUUGUUGUCAUGAUUGUCACUGAACGUUUUUAUAUCAGCGAAUAACAAGUGUAAUAUACCACGAGUUACAUGUCCAUAUUUGUAUAACCCGAGUACACACUAUUCAGACAAAAUGACAAAACAAAAAAGAAUGAGAAAAUUUUCUCUCGAAUCAAUUUCAAGGACCUGCCAAACAGCAGGCAAAAAAAUGCUAACUUUAACCAUCGAUGUGAUUUGUUAUUGUGAAACACGUGCCUGCAAAUGCACGCGAGAAACCUACUAUGAUUGUUGUUAAAUGUUAUAUAUAAUUUAUUGUUCAUCAACCGAAAAACUUGUGUUUUUCUAGUUCCAAAUUUCAACAGUUUAAACAGAUAAAUGACCAUUUCUAGAAAAUAUCAUUCGGUUAUUUCGAUCGCCAUUGUUGAAAGCAAAAAGAAGUAUUCAAAAAUUACUUUAUUAGAGCGGUUAGUGAAAUAAAAUUUGUUAGUCUCUUGCGUAUGUAUAUUUUCAAUAUUUGUUUAGAUUUAUUGUCGUUAAAAUCCGAAACACUUAUUUUUCGUAUACACGUUUAAUGUUUUGCCCGUGGGACUUCUAAAAAGUGAUUCCAGAACAACUGUAAACAAGCAAAUAACAAUAACUAAAAGCAAAUCUCACACAAAAUAAAUUUAAAGCUGAAGAGAUUUUUUUUCCGGGCGAGUGUUCAACAGAACCUCAAAGCAGAUCUCCGGAUGUUCUGAUGGAGGAAAAAAAUACAUCAAAUCUGUGAACAAAUAAGAACAAAGAAAAGUUGGUGAAAUAAAUUCCUUUUGUUACAUUUAUAUCUAGGUGAAAACAAAAGAAUAUUUUUAUAGGAAAUAAUAAAACCAUGUAAAC